AUGGCGAAACGAAGCCUGCAGCAGGCAGCUCCCGCGGUUUCAAGCAAGAAGCCGAAGCUAGAGAAGGGAGACAGCAGCUGCUGCAGCGAGGAGAAGGGAAAGCCUGAGAGAGGCAAAGAACGGGAACUUCAAGCCCUGGCCGAGGAGUUGCAGAGCCUGUACACAGGCAAUGCUGUGCCAGCUGUGAAAGCAGCAAAGGUGGAUGAGGAAAAAGAGCUCCUGGCCGGAGCUCUACUGGCUUCUGUUCCUUUCCUUGACCUUCGGACGAAAAAAGUGAGGCACGAGAAGCUGCCUUUCCUCCUUCCCCACGAAUGGCUGUCGAAUUACUUUUUGCAGCCAGGGGCAGUACAGGAGGCGCUGCCGCCAAAGGACAGCUCGUUAGGGCAGCAGCUUCAGAGGGUUAAGGAAGCUUGGGACAACCGGGAGCCUAAGGAAGGCAGGGAGCCUGAGCAAGGCAAACCUAUGGUGCCCUUGGGCCUGCAUGGUGACGGAGUGCCUGUGCAAGGCAGGAUGAACCAGUCGACAGCCGACUUCAUCACCGUCAACUUGCUGGCCAGCAACACAUUUGCAUCGAUGCGGGUUCCUAUCACAUGUGUGGAGUCCCGUUUCCACGCAGGUAGCGAGACCGCAGAAGCUGUGCAUUCAGUCAUUGCAUGGUCUUUGCAGAGCCUGGGUGAAGGCAUAUACCCCCACUGCCGACACGACGGGGGAAGCCUGGACAAGGCAAGAAAACAGAAAGCGGGGAAACCGAUGCCAGCCAGAGGUGGCCUCGUGCAGCUUCGUGGAGACUGGGACUGGAACUGCAAGUGGUUCGGCUGUCCCCAAUGGAAUGAAAAGAAUGGCAUGUGUUGGCUUUGUAAAGCUAAGCCUGAGGAAUGGCGGGGAAUGUCUGCAGAAGACCGAAAGGCCAGCAGCCUGAAUAAGGCAGAGUUUUUGGAGUGUCUGGAAAGGCGGGGUAAGCACGUCUCGCCUUUGCUAAUGCUGCCGGGAGUCUGCAACAAGACAAUAAAGCCUGACUGGAUGCAUGUGGUCGAUGAAGGCUGUGCCGCCCAUGCAGCAGGCAUGGUGCUGCAGGAGCUGCUGCGAUUCACCCCAGACAGAGGUGUCGACAGCAAAGCUCGGCGGCUUUGGGAGGAGAUACAGAGCCUGUACAAGGCAAAAGCUGUGCCAGCCUCCAGAAGGCUGUCGAAGCUCACGGCAAAGGAUAUUUGCAAGCCUGGAAAGGCACCGCAGCUAGCUGCGAAGGCAGCAGAGUGCAGAUACUUCUGCCAGGACAUCCUGCUGGAUCUCGUGGACAGCAAGGGAUUGCAUAUGCUCGGUCCACACGAGCGAGCCGUCCACAACGUGGCCAGGUAUCUAGCCCGAAUGUAUGGGCAUAUGGAAAACUUCGACAGCAAGAAAUUGCAAAAGUACGGCGAAAAGUUUAUCAGCCAGUAUAUGGCAUUGGAGGCCGAGGCCUUGCAUGAGGAAGACAACCUCACAUGGCACUCCAAACCCAAGAUCCAUUUCUUGGGGCACAUUUUGGACGAAGCCCGAGAGGGCAUGCGCCCCAAGGACUCUUGGAACUACCGUGACGAGACGGAAGGCUAUCAGUUUCAGAAGCUGUGGUUUCGCCGAGGUGGCAGGACAACAAAGGCCGAAAAGGUCCUCCUCAAGUGGGCCCACGAGCAGCCGUUUUUGAGCUUGAAAGAAGCGCAAAAGUGA